GCAGCUACUAAGGAGCUGAACUUUAUGGCCUCUGACUGCUUUGCUGGUGUGUUUCCCCUGGUCCGGAUUGUUAUACAACUUCCCAUAAGGGAUUUGAAAUUCUAGCUGGGCGUGGGAGCAGGAGUCCCCUGACUGGAGCAGCAGGAUUCUCUGGAAAGCAAGAGCGGGGCAGAGUGUGUCUGGAAGCUGGUUCUUUGCCAGUCCUACAGCGCUAAAACAGAAAGUGGGGAUUUUUUUCUUUCUUUCUUCCCCUUUCGCGUUGAUUUUGAAUGAAAGCAAGAGUGAGAAAAACAAACCAGCUCCCACUCUCCAGUCCUGAUCAUUCUUUUCGGGGACUCCUCUUCCCCCUUUGUUGCUGGGAAACAAUGGAGCUUUUCAAGUGGAGCCUGAGAUGGAUGUGCCUCCUUCCUUUGCUACAGGUAUCAGAGGGGCAAAGCUUCCUCAUAAAGAACAUCCGGCUGGAAAAGUGCAUGCAGGUCGCUCACCAGGAUAGCGACCAGAUCAGCCUGGCUGAUUGCAAGCUGCAUGCCCAGCAGCAGCAAUGGAGGUGGGACCCCAGAACAAAGUCCAUCGUCAGCCUUAAAACCAAACAGUGCCUGACCAUCCAGAAGCCGCAGGAGUUCGCAUCAGCCUACCUGGAGCCGUGUGGGGACAGGGAGCGCCAAACGUGGGCUUGCAGCAAGAAGGGACACUUGACCUUGCAUGGCCUGGGCUUGCAUCUCAACACGAAGCCAGGCCACAGGGUCUUUGUGUCCCGGGAGAAAGACAAGUUCAGCAAGUGGAAGACCCUGUCAGAUGAAACCAUCUGUGCUGUCAGCCCCACAGUGGCUACGAGGCUUGGUGACCCAAUGCAGGAAGCUGUAGCUGCGUUGGGGGGGGUUCACAAAACUAAAACCAUCAGUUCCUCUGCAAAGAUGCACACCAGCUCCAGGGGCUCUCUGAUGGAGUUGCCUGCCUCCACGUUGGCUGAGUUUAACAGCACAGUUCCUGCACCACGGAGCGACCAGAUGCUUCUAGCAAUGGAGGAGGAAGUAUCUGGCCAAUUUAAAAAUCAACCUGGACACCGAGGGAAAGGUGCUGGGGCCAGGCCUACAGCCACCAAGUGGAAGACAGCCAUGCUAGUCCUCAGCCCCUUCGCAUUUAUACUGGGGCUGAUUAUACUGACACUGAAUGUUCGUUACAACAAGAAGAAGAAGCUCUCUGCUCUGAAGAGCUACCCAGAGAGCUGCAGCAGAGCUGCCUUACAGGAGCAGUCUCCAUUAACGGUGACGGCAGGCAGCUGGCAAAGCAGCACGCCAGCCUCUCAUUCCUCUUCCUUGCAGCACGGGGAAAUACUGAUUGAAUGGAAGGAUGGGACCGUCACUCCCCUUUUUGAUAACGCUAACUUUUAGA